CACGAUGAGUAAUGAAAAGCUUGAAACCAUYGCUGCUUCCAAUCAGUGGCAUCAUUCACAAACACCCCAGCCUGUGUGUGUACCAAUCUAUGCUUCAUCUACGUUUGAGCUUCAGGAUGCAAUUCAAGGCGCAAAUCUGUGCGCAGGGCAGAGCGAAGGAUACCUGUACACUCGUUGGUGUAAUCCUACUGUGGAGGCAGCAGCACAAGCACUGAAUGAACUUGAGGGUGGAGAAAGCACUCUGUUGUUUUCAUCUGGUAUGGCAGCAAUUUCUACAUCUCUACUGGCUUUACUCAAGCCAGGAGACCACAUGGUUUCACCUCAAGUGGAAUACAGUGGAACUCAUUAUCUUGUUCAAAAUAUUUUGCCACGUUAUGGAAUAGAAAUUACUUUAGUUGAUGGAAAUGAUGUCGAUGCCUACAGAAAUGCUGUUAAAUCUAACACAAAGAUUUUAUAUGGAGAAACACCUUGCAACCCUCUAAUGAAUAUUCUUGACUUGGAAGAAUUUGGUCGCUUAGGAAAAAGUUUGCAAAUAACUACAAUGGUCGAUAGUACCUUUGCAUCACCUUUUAUUCAAAAUCCAAUUCGUCAUGGAGUGGAUGUUGUUCUUCAUAGUUGCUCAAAAUACCUGGGAGGACACAGUGACAUUAUUGCAGGAGCAAUGACAACAUCAUCAAAACAACUUGCAUCACAGAUCUUUGAAUAUCAAAAGAUWUUGGGACCUUGUUUGUCACCAUUUGAUGGUUUUCUGUUGAUGCGAGGAAUCAAAACUCUUCAUGUUCGGAUGGAAAGGCAUUGUGCUAAUGCAAUGGCAAUAGCAUUGUUUCUUGAAAACCAUCCCAAGAUUGACAAGGUUUUCUAUCCUGGGCUCACAAGUCAUCCAGGUCACAGCAUUGCAGUCAAACAGAUGAGAGGGUUUGGCGGUAUGGUGGCAUUCAGUGUUAAAGGUGGACUGGAGGAGGCAAAGAAAUUUAGCGAAAGUGUUAAGUUAUUUAAGCUGGCUGUGUCUCUUGGUGGGACUGAUAGUUUGGUUGAAGUUGUGAGUUUGAUGACCCAUACUGAUAAGUACAUGACCCCAGAGGAAAAAGUUGCUUKUGGUAUUUCUGAAAGUCUGAUCAGGCUAAGUGUUGGACUGGAACAUGUUGAAGAUCUCAAAAAGGACAUUGAACAAGGCCUUGCAGCAUUGCCAUGAUAUUGUGAUACUAAUUUAAUAAUUGUGAAACUUAGAAUUCAUACUAGUGGUGAUUUUAUGCAAACUGGGAUCAUAAAUGCYAUAUUUAUUAUGAUCGUGGACAGCAUGGGAUUGGGAUAAAAAAUAUUAUAAAUGAAUAAAGACACAUUUCUUAGUUUUGAAUUGUCUUAAAUUGUG